ACUGUUGAUAGUAGGGCAGAUGCUGUCUCUGGAGAAGGAACGCCCUGGCCUUCGAUAUCCCGUGUUGAGGGUAAGUCAAUCCUUUCCGGUACUGAUCUCAGGAAAUCACCCAACCACGAUGACUUGAAUGGCCUGGGUCUACGCAGCCCUAGCGGAGUGUUGGGCUCUAUGCAAUUCAUUGGCCGUUCUCGGCACUUUACAUGGAGAAAGGCAUGGAUCCUACGUCAAUACUCAAGAUAAGACCUGGAAACUAUGCUGGCGUCUAUGUCAGGAACUCUACGUCAGUCAGAACGACUACCAUUCCUCAAAAGUCAACCCUACUCUUGAUAUUUGUCAUGCUUUUUGUCAAUCUUUGUUCGAAGCUCGUGAGAAAGAAAACGAGGUCACAGAUUCGAUUCUCCGUGUCAGUUUUGAGCUCAAUAACCAUCUCUAUAAUACGCACGAUCGAAACCUGCCGGAGGCUUUCCGUGAGAGGACUCUAGACUUCUACAUCACAUUGUGUCAUCGUCUGAUGAAGCAGAGGAGCCUAGUGUCUGAGACAGAAUCCCCUUUGGGCGCGUGCUGGUCGUUUGCAGAGAUCCUCUUCACCAUACGUCAGAAUAAAAAGGAAAACAAGAAGCCAGACGAAGAUUUGCUGGGAUCGGCAAUUCAAGCUUGUUGGGAACUUUGCGAUGUUUUCAGGGAGGGUUGGGCACAGCGAAGCCAUCGAAGUUCUGACCGUGGAACACCACGGCCAAGUCAAGCAACUUUCCAGCAGGUCAUCGAGCAGGUCAAGGUCUCUCAAUUCAUUGCUUGUGACGAGGUUUUGGGACAAUCUAAAAAUCCUGAGACCCCGACUACCGUUUUUGAUGAUAGUGCAGCCAUCUCACCAGAUGAGGCACCCCUCCAGAACAUUUUUGUCUUGGGCCAAGGCUCAAUUCAAGCAUCGCAAACUGCCUGUUCUCCAAAUUCAUCAGCCGCAUCAGGACAAUCACAAUCAUCGGAGCAAACCUCAUCGACCAAAACAAUAACCACCAUGUCGGGAGGGUUGAACCUGGCAGCUAUCAAAUUAUUGGUUACAAAGGCUGCAAUCAACAGCGGUUAUCAGCGUUCUGGGACACAAACUUUCUCGUCAUUCGUCAAAUCGCUGUCUUCCGACGCAUUCGGCUCUACCCCUUGGCAAAUAUCUCUAUUGAAGAACUAUAAAAGGCUGGUAGCGUUUGACCCAAUUUUCAAAGGUGCUAGUUUCCAGGCACGAGCAAGUGCCAUUGAUGUAGCGCAAGCCGUUCGGCUUGUCGCGCAGGGCGGACAAUACCCAUGGUUGCUAGAUCUUUACCGCUUGGUCUUUGGGUUCCAUACAGACGAGGCUAUCAACCGGAAGGAGAUCGUACUUCAAGUAUGAUCCUAUCGAUUCAUUAGCGUCUUCCCCGCAAAUUCUUCGAUGCUGACCGCUAGGGGCAUGGGUUGCACUCGUGGUUCUACUAGAUAUCACACCAACUGUAAGUUGGGCUCUUGUUCACUCUCAUCUGUGUACGAGCAAGCAAGGCCCCACUAGCCCUGCCGUCGGAAUCUUAACCUGACGGUAUGUCACGCGCAACUCUCA